UUAAUCCAUUUCUCUCCCUUUGUGUUUAUUUAUUUAUAUAUAUUUUUUUUAAUCCCAAAUCAAUCAAACACACCCACUCCCUCUUAUUUUCCCAUAUAUUUUUUUUUCUUCUCCUCUUUGCUAUUAAGUAUCACUGUGUUUGGAUGUUUUCAUGGCGGGUCUUGAUCUAAGCACAGCCUCCCGCUACUUCCAUCAACUCCACCACCACCACCACCAUCACCCAGACCUCCACCUCCAACGUCCCAAUCCCGACACCAACGAUGAUCCCAACAACACCACAACCAACACCAACCAUUUCGAUACCAAUAACGAUGAUCAUCAAGGUCACACCCUCGAACUCGUUGCACCGGGUGGCGGUGCAGCUGGUCCAGGAGAUAUAGUCGCCCGAAGACCCCGUGGCCGUCCACCCGGCUCAAAGAACAAACCUAAACCUCCUGUCAUAAUAACUAGAGAGAGCGCAAACACUCUCCGAGCUCACAUACUUGAAAUCGGAAGUGGUUGUGAUGUUUUUGAUUGCAUAUCUACCUAUGCUCGGCGACGACAACGCGGUGUUUGCAUCUUAAGUGGUAGUGGCACUGUCACUAAUGUUAGUCUCCGCCAGCCAGCUUCUGCCGGUGCCAUCGUUACCCUUCAUGGUCGCUUUGAAAUCUUAUCUCUUUCAGGGUCUUUUCUCCCACCACCUGCUCCACCAGGUGCUACUAGUCUUACUGUCUUUCUCGCCGGAGGACAAGGGCAGGUGGUUGGUGGUAGUGUUGUUGGGGCCUUGAUUGCCGCAGGUCCGGUCAUUGUUAUCGGAGCAUCAUUUACUAAUGUUGCUUAUGAAAGGUUGCCACUUGAAGAGGAAGACCCUGCAGGACUUCAGAUGCAACAGCCUCAAGGAUCUAGUGGCGGUGGUGGUGCUGCUAGCAGUGGAGGUGGUGGUGGCAGUGGUGGUGGAGCAAGUGUAGGUAAUCCAUUUCCCGACCCGUCUUCGGGUUUGCCAUUCUUCAAUUUGCCAUUGAACAUGCCGCAGAUGCCCCCGGUUGUCGACGGACAAGGUUGGCCUGCAAGUUCCGGUGGAAGACCGUCUUUCUAAUCCUGAAACAUAUGCACUCUUCAAUUCUUGAUCAUAUGCAGGGUUAAGUUUCAAGAAACAGGUCAGACAUGAAUUGAUGAAUCUCUUUUGAGGGUCUUUGAUUUAUUAAAUUCCAUGUAAAAUUAGGUCAAUGAAUAUCUCUCUCGAUCUCGAUCUCUCUUUCUCUCUUAAUUAAUUUCUCUCUUUUGGUAUUGAGAUUGUUGUUAAAUUUCUAGUUUGCUUAUCAUGAACAACAAAAACAACAACAACAACAACAACA